AUGGCAAUUCAAUAUACGGCAGAGUUUCUCAUUCAUCUGCGAGAAUCACCGCUAUGCGUCAAACCGGCCGCACUACCUCCUGCUGAAGAAUGGAUGGGACCUCCCCCAGACAAUUCCCGAACCCAAGGCAACAGCAGCACCGCCAACCAGGCCAAGACUACUGCCGACAGAAGAAGCCACGACAACCCCCUCCUUGACCAGACGAACCGCCGCCCCGGCCUCGAUCGCCACGCCUCAAGAAACAGCGCAAAUCCUGAAGACAUUAUCCUUGGACCACCCCGAACAGCUUUCGCUUCUGCGACUUUGCGCAACGGCAAGCCUUUCGACAGCGACAAGGGGCUCAAGGACGCUGACUCGCCAAGUCGCUUCAACUUCCGCAACCGCAACGGCGAUACUCCCGAGGGUGACCGCUUCCGUGACUCGAGAAACACCAGCUUUCGCCGUCGUGGGGACGGCGAUCAGGAUCAGGAGGGAUGGAGCACCGUGAAGCCGCGCAAGAGCUUCGGGCACGAAGGUGCUGAGCGCUUUCAAGGUCGCAUGGGCGCGGGUGGUGGUGACAGACUCCCCAACGAACGCCGUCCGCGUGAUCGCGAUGAUCGGGAGGGCCCCAGAGACCGAACCCACCGCACUUUUGACCAUCACGACAAGGACAAGGAUCAUGAACAUGAAGAGGCUGAACCGCGACCUCGAAAUGGUCUCAACAGGGGCAAGUCGGAGCCCUGGUUCAAGAACGACAGCAACAGCAGCAACAACGUCGCCAGCACCCCCGAGAAGCCCGCCAUGACAGCUCGCGAGCGCAUUGAUCGUGCUAAAAGCUGGAGAGACCGGAACCGGGAUGCCGAGGUCGUUGAAGAGAAGACGACUGGCCGGAACUACGAACGCCGCUGGGAUCGUGGGGAUCAUAGGCAAGAGCGGGAGCCCGAGUGGUUUGACGAACCCGCCGGGGAGAAGUCGGGAGGCCACACCGAAGAGGACUUCAAGAAGUUCAUGGAGAGCAUGAAGGCAAGCCGCAACGCCCCGGCUGAGGAUAAGGCGCCCAUUGCCGUUGCCGAGGCUACCGUCAAGGCUGAGCAGCCAGCCGUCGCUUCUGCGCCUGCUGUCGAGAUUGGUCCUGAUCAGUUCUUUCUCAAGUUUGCAUCCACUGCUGGAUUGGAUGUCGGUUCCCCAAAUGAACCCAAGAAGGAGGUUUCUGCCAAGGCCAAGACUGGCGGCGGCAAGUCGUCCCGCUUCACGUCCUUCUUCAAUGCGCCACAAGACGAUCCCAACCGCCGCAUGCAGACCGAGCCCUCGACACCUCUUGCCGGGCUUUCCAUUGGCGGCUCCGACGGGUCUGCGCCUGCCCCUGAUUCUGAGAAGCAAGCUUUCCAGGCCUUGCUCAUGAAGCUGCAGCGUUCGAACAUUCAGUCUUCUACCCCUCCUGCCUCCCAGCCUUUCCAGGAACCCCCUCCACUUGCGCGCGAACCGGCUCCUUCGAGCUCCAUUGCAUCGCCCGAGCCUUUCCAGCAGUAUGGUGGCGAGCGCCGAGAGGACCCCCGUCCCCGCAUGCCUCAAGCCUCCAUGUCCAUGUCUGAUAUCCUUGCUCCACGUCCCACGAUGCCAGGCCAGCAGCCUGCUGUUCGUCAAGAUCAACUGCUUCAGGACUUGGUUGGGCAGCGCCACCAGGCCUCUAGCCAGGGCUCGGCCAGAAUGGAGCCGAACCAAGGUCGCAACAUGAGCAACACUGAGUUCUUGAUGAACUUGAUGAGAAACCAGCCAGAGCCUCCGCGCACCGAGCAGCUUCUCAUGCGCAUGCCGCAGCCUCAGCGCGCUGCCCAGAUCCCGCAUGCUCAAGAUCGCGAACCCGACUUUCCGCAGGGCAUCCCCCAUGGCAUCCCGCAAGGCAUCCCUCAAGGCAUCCCGCAGGGCAUCCCGCAGGGUGGCCGUGGCUCUCAACGUCAGAUGCGAGGCCAGGGCCCGCCGGGCUUCAUGGACGAAGCUUUCCACCACCCGGAACCCGAGGCCCGUAUGCAGCCGACGCAGAUCCUGCAGCGCCCUCCCCCGCCUCCAGGUUUGGACCAGAUGAACCCUAACUGGAUCCAGCCCGGCGGCCUCAUCCCUCCUCAACAGAGAUCCAUAAUUCCCCCUCCUGGUCUUGCCGGCGGCCCUGGUCGCAACCACCCCAUGGGCGCUAUGUUCCCGCCCAACUUCCCUCCGGGUGCAUUCCCGCCCCCGGAGGUCAUGGCAGGUCCGCCGCCGCGCAAUAUGCCCCCUCCUCCGGGCUUCUUCGGCGGUCCUCCUCCCGGAUUUAUCCCUCCCCCUGGAAUGCCUGGCUUUCCCGGUCCCGCUGGGCCUGAGGGGCACGUGUUCCCUUUUGACGGGCGUAUGCCACCCCCGGGCGCCGCUCAGGCGUUCCGAAGACAGUAA